AUGACUUUACUCUUGACCUCCACGGCGGCGAUGAAGCAGAAUCCGGCGGCGGUGAUAUCUUCUCCGUCGCCUCUUUGCUUAGGAUCUACUUUUUCUCGUCGUCGUUGCUUUCGAGUUUCGUGUGUUGCCACGAGCCAUAGAAAAACAAGUGAAGAACUGAAUAAAUUUCGACCCAUCAAAGAAGUACCAAACCAAAUAACACACACAAUAACACAAGAGAAGCUAGAGAUGUUCAAAUCAAUGGAGAAUUGGGCACAAGACAACUUACUAUCUUACCUCAAACCCGUCGAAACUUCAUGGCAACCACAAGACUUUUUACCCGAAACCAACGACGAAGACCGAUUCUACGAGCAACUGAAAGAGCUAAGAGAACGAACAAAAGAGAUUCCCGACGAUUACUUUGUAGUUCUUGUCGGAGAUAUGAUCACCGAAGAAGCAUUACCUACUUAUCAAACGACGUUGAAUACCCUCGACGGCGUUAAAGAUGAGACCGGCGGGAGUUUAACGCCGUGGGCGGUUUGGGUUAGAGCGUGGACGGCGGAGGAAAAUCGUCACGGUGAUUUGUUGAAUAAAUAUCUUUAUUUAACGGGUCGUGUCGAUAUGCGACAUGUUGAAAAAACUAUUCAAUAUCUUAUCGGAUCUGGCAUGGACUCAAAGUUUGAGAACAAUCCAUACAAUGGCUUCAUUUACACUUCGUUCCAAGAGAGAGCGACUUUCAUCUCCCACGGAAACACGGCGAAGCUAGCCACAACUUACGGCGACACGGCGCUCGCCAAAAUCUGCGGCACAAUCGCGGCGGACGAGAAGCGUCACGAGACGGCGUACACAAAAAUCGUCGAGAAACUCUUCGAGAUCGAUCCCGACGGAACCGUAACGGCGUUAGCGAGUAUGAUGAAGAAACGAAUCACGAUGCCGGCUCAUCUGAUGCACGACGGUCGCGACGACGAUCUGUUCGAUCAUUACUCCGCCGUUGCGCAGCGAAUCGGAGUUUACACAGCGACGGAUUACGCCGGGAUUUUGGAGUUUUUGUUGCGGCGGUGGGAGGUGGAGAAAUUAGGGUUGGGUUUGUCCGGUGAAGGAAGGAGAGCACAGGAUUAUCUGUGUACCUUGCCGCAGAGGAUCAGAAGGUUAGAGGAAAGAGCUAACGAUAGAGUCAAGUCAAAGUCAAAACCUUCUGUUUCGUUCAGCUGGAUUUACGGGAGAGAAGUUAAACUAUAG